AUGGAGUCCCGUGGGUCCGAGGCCACGGCUGUUGAGCGGUACCUCCUCCAGGCUGAGACCCCGGGGAAGAAGGGGCUCCAGGCCGUGCCGAGUGGCCAAGUGGGAAGAACGCUGCGCUGGUUCACCACUGUGGUUCUGAACGCUGCUUUCCUGGGGAUGGGAGUGAGCGCUGCUGUGCUGGGACCGACACUUCCGGACCUGGCAAGAAACGUGAACCGGAACAUCAGCAGCCUUUCCGAAAUCUUCGUGGGCCGCGCCCUCGGCUACUUGUGCGGCUCUGUGGCUGGCGGGGUGCUCUUCGACUGCAUGAAUCAUUUUCUGCUUUUGGGGCUGUCCAAUCUGCUCACCGCGGCCAGCCUCUACCUCACUCCGUUCUGUAAAACAGCUGCCGUACUGACUGCCAUGAUGUCUGUUACUGGUGUCUCAUUUGGUGUUCUAGAUACAGGUGGGAACGUCCUCAUCUUGGAUCUUUGGGGGGACAAAGGAGCCCCCCAUAUGCAGGCCUUGCACUUCAGUUUUGCCUUGGGUGCCUUCCUGGCUCCCCUGCUGGCUAAAUUGGCCUGGGGCACCACAGCAUCUGCUCAGAACUACACAGAGCUCCAAUUUGACCGUUCAGCCUUGAACCAAUCCUUUGACGCUACCUCAGACUCUGUGUUCGCGGUACCCGAGGACAUGAAUUUGCUGUGGGCGUAUGCUUCCAUCGGCACCUAUGUCUUAGUCGUUUCUGUCUUUAUGUUUGCUCCAUUCUUUAAGAAAAGCUCAAAGCAGAAAAAGUCCUCAGCAUCUGCUCAGGGAGCUCGAAGGGCUAAAUAUCACAGGGCCCUGCUCUGCCUCCUCUUCCUGUUCUUCUUCUUCUAUGUGGGAGCUGAGGUGACCUACGGUUCUUUUGUGUUCUCCUUCGCCACCACCCACGUUGGCAUGGAAGAGAGCGAGGCAGCUGGCUUGAACUCCAUCUUCUGGGGAACCUUUGCAGCCUGCAGGGGCCUGGCCAUCAUCUUUGCGACAUUCCUACAGCCUGGAACCAUGAUUGUGCUGAGCAACAUUGGCAGCCUGGUCGCAACUUUCUUUCUGGUUCUUUUUGACAAGAACCCUCUCUGUCUCUGGAUCUCGACUUCCGUGUAUGGAGCCUCAAUGGCGACCACGUUUCCCAGCGGCAUCUCCUGGAUUGAGCAGUACACCACCUUAACUGGGAAAUCCGCAGCGUUUAUUUUGGUUGGCGCUGCCCUGGGACUAAUGGCGACUCCGGCACUAUCUGGGAUUCUUCAAGGACACUACCCAGAUCUCCCAGUAAUUCUGUACACUUGUCUGGGCUCAGCAGUAUUAACAACUGCUCUAUUCCCUGUGAUGUAUAAGGUAGCCACCUCACCUCUGGAUCAAAAGCAGGAGAAAAACAUCAACAGUGAAGGCCAGAAAAUUUUACUUUCUAGCUCUAGGCUAAUCAAGGAAGCUAAAUGA